AUGAAGCUAUUAAUUGUACUAAUGGUAUCGUGUAUUUUCUGUAAAUCGGACCCUAUAAAUGUCAGGAUAGUUUCCAAGAAGGACCCAAGGAAAUACUUGGCCCUGUUCAAUGGUGAGGUAAGGCUUGCAACCAAAGAACAAAUAAAAAGUAAUAAAGGAUGCUCUAAGUUCAUUGUGGAUGAGGUUCGAACAGAAAUACUGCAGGGAAAUAGGCGUAUAUGUAAGAAGUAUGGAUUCUCUAAAGUCAUGUCAUGCAUUAAUGAGAAUAAGAACUCGAUGUGGGGUGUUAUAAUUGAUAGCUCUAAAUUUGUCUCUUUCAAAAUGAAUGAGGAAGAAGAUUGCAUUACAGCCAACGGGCCCGACUCUGCAGACAUAUUAGGAGAUGUUUUAAGUUUAAACAAGUGCGAUAAAAAUUCCGAUUCACAAAAGUUUUGGAUUAAGCUGAUAGUGAAUAGAAAAGCAAGGGAUUGA